CCCGCUGUCUCCGGCGCUCGGUCCAGCCCCUUUUGGGCCCCGGGUGGAAUCAUGGAGCCCGGCGGAAUGGAGCCGGGCAGGGGUGGCUUCCUGGCUUGCGCCUGUUUCCUCACCGACAACCUUUUUGUGCCUCGCUACGGCCUCCACCUGCGCUACUGGGGGGAUCCCGAGCAGCUGCGGAGGGACUACGGGCCGGCCUUACGGGAGCGCGGCUGCAAAACUGAGGAAGAGAUCGAAGCUGUGAUACAAGAGGUUGAAAAAGAAGUGCAGAGGAGGAAGGACUUGGAUCAUCACUCUAGAGAAAGAAAAGCAAUCAUUUCCCAGAGCUACACGCCAAAACAUCCAGAAUUGUAUACUUUACAGGAUUCAUUUCUGGCCCCAGAAUUUGUCGAAACUGUUAAGUACUGCACAUCCAAAGGUGCGGACCUCCAAGGGCUCCUGAGUCGUGUGGAAUUGAUCUCUGAUAAGAGAAUCUUCCGACUCCCUGUAUUCACUGAGGAAUUCUGCCGGGCGUUCAUCGAGGAGCUGGAGAACUUUGAACGGUCCGAGAUGCCCAAGGGGAGGCCUAACAGCAUGAAUAACUAUGGGGUCCUCUUAAACGAGCUGGGGAUGGACGAGGCCUUCAUUACGCCGCUCCGGGAAAAGUACCUGGGCCCCAUCUCGGCGCUGCUGUACCCGGACUGCGGAGGAGGCUACUUGGACAGCCACAAAGCCUUUGUGGUGAAGUACGCUUUGCACGAAGACCUGGAUCUCAGCUCCCACUACGACAACGCAGAAGUGACCCUGAAUGUCUCGCUGGGGAAAGAAUUCACCGAGGGCAACCUCUAUUUUGCUGAAUUCAGACAGGUGCCAAGCCCGUUGCCCCGCUACGUGGACGUCGAGCACGUGCCGCGCCACGGAUUGUUCCACCGCGGAGGACAGAUGCACGGGGCGCUCCCCAUUGCCUCCGGGGAGCGCUGGAACCUGAUUGUCUGGAUGCGGUCGUCCCCCCUCCGAAACCAGCUCUGUCCCAUGUGCAACAGGCCGCCCGAGCUGGUGCCGGCAGAUGGCUUUGGAGAUGGGUUCACUGGGAACCCCGGAGGCCGCCAGCCUGAAACCGUGGACCUGUGCUCCUUAACUUAGGGGUGGGUGACG